CAUGCUGAGUCACCUUCUCCACUUCACACCUAAACAAGAGCAGAAGGCCAAGGACCACCACACUUUGCCUGCCAUCAAGAUACUGCUGGACUGGGUCAGACUGGACAGGGACAUGCUGGCCAAACCAGUGUUCAAGGGCUCAAAUGUAUGGAGUAACCUGAGCAAGCUUCUGAACAACCUCCAGUUUCAUGUUGGAGUCAAGGACACCACAGGGCUGGAGAAAUAUGUACAACUCCCUUUGCCUGAAGACUAUGAUCUGCAGUGUUUUCUGCCAACCUCCAAGGGUCAGGAGAGACUGGAUUUCAGCAAGUACCCAAGCGAUUUGUUUCCUGGUGAGGUAGAGGCGCGGCUGAGGUGCCAGCGUUUGAUGGAGCACGGCAAGGCACUGUGCGAGGAGUUUCCGAGUCUGAACCUCAUCAACUUCCAGGUCCUGAAGUCUGGCAAGCUGCAGUUCAGUGCACCUAGCUAUCAUGUGAAACUACUGCCUGCUGAUUCUGAGAGUCAGCAGCAUGAAAGAAAAGCUUCCAGACAGAAUGUGGCUAUACAGGCUAUUAUGCAGAAUAAAGCCACUAAAACUCUUCCUGGCCAAGGCUCACAAAACCAGGGACCCCCACAAAUAGAACAGAGAAAACCCCUACAGCUGUCUCCCUCCCAGUCCAGGUCUCAGGCCGACCUCUCCCCCAGUCACAGCCAGGGACACUUGUUUGAAGAAUUGCCAGUAGAUGGCAGCAGUGGUAGCAACCAGUCCACCUCUCCCUUGCCAUCUGGCCUCCAUGGUAACCUGCCACCUCGGUUGUUACAGCAACAACAACAACAGCAACAACAGCAGCAGCAGCAAUCAUCUCAAGGAGGGAUGUACCCCUCUCCUCACCCUGGGGGAUAUCACCAGGGCAUGCCCCCACAGCACCACCCUGGUAUGAUGCCCGGAAUGGUGCCGAACAUGCCCAGAGCACCUCUCAUUAGACAACCCAAACAACAAGUGGACCCAGGUAUACGGCCUGGCCUGAGGCUGGAGUCCCGAGGUGGACCCCAACCCCAGCAGAUGCUGCCCUCUGGUGUCCAGUUCUCACAACCUUCUGGUGCCCCUGUGGCAGAGAUGGUCCCCAAACCUACAGCUUUCCUGCAGCAACAGCAGCAGCAAGAUGGGGCACCAAGGGGGAACUUUUCUUCUGGGGUGAGGAUGCCUCAACACCAGCCAUCCCCUCGGAUUCCCCUACAGAACCCCAUUGGUGUUAGUGCCAGGAUACCCAGGGCCCAGCAGGGGGCUGGGAUACCGUCAAGGAUGCCAAGUCCACAACAAGGGCCUCCUGCUCCCCAGAGAAUGCCAAAUGCACAAGGUGGUGAGGCAAGACUCCCAUUCUCUCAGCAAGCCUGGAGCAGCCCCUUCCUGCAGCAACAGCACACACCAGAGCAACAACAGUACUUACAGCAGUUACAACAACAAAGACAGCAACAGCAACAACAGCAGCAGCAACAACAACAACAACAGCAGCAGAAGCAACAACAGCAGCAGAUACAAGGAGGGCUGUACCAAGGUGGAGGAGGGGGAGGCGGAAGUGGACAUUUCCCCCCACAGCAGCAGGUGCCCCAGCAGCAAGUUCCCCAAUCACUGCAACAGCUGAUACAGGACCUACAGAGCAUGGCUGUCAAAGGAAGAGGCUUGGCUCCACUUAACAUACCACCCCCAAUGGGCCAGAUGCCUGCCCACAGAGGACAUGCUCCGCCUAUGAGGAGAGAAAGCUCCUCCCCUUCAUUGCUCCAGACACCUGCCAAUUUUGAAGAGGAUGAGAUCAAUUUCCCUGAUUUGAAUAAUAUCAACAUACAGCCAGGGGCUGCUUUCUCUACAUCAGAUAUAGAAGUGAUCUUGGCAAAUAAUCCACAGCAGGCACGGCAGCAAAACCCAAUGUUUGGAGUUGCUCAAAGAAACCCAUCUGCCGGCUCUUACUCUCUGUUCAGCAACUCCCCCUGGGGUGGCACUGAGGGUGACAGGGAGGGAAUUAUACAAGGAAAAGGUGUGGGUAAUGACAACCCACAGGGAAGGUCCAAGGUUCCAAGCCACGGCAUGCUGGGCAUGGGGGACACUGGGCUACGGGGACUGGGGAGUGACCCCCCUGGUCUGGCAGGAGACAGAGGCAGUGAUGUGGGCAUGGCCCAGGGGCUUGGGCUAGGGUAUGGGUUCAACCCUGGGGACCAGGUGUGGGGCCAGCAACACCAACCACCCCAGCAGCAGAACCCCCCUGGUGCCCCCUCUGGGAACCCGUUGAUGUCCAACAGCAUUCAGUCAAUUUGGACAUCAGGGCCCUCUCCUUUGGAACGCUUGCUAGAACAACAGAAACAGCAACGCCAGUUUGAGCCGCACUGAAGUCCCCCACCAAUGUCUUUGUGGAAAUCAGCUUAAAGAUACCUUCCAAAAGCCCCUGUCUUGUGCAGAGCAACAACUACUGCUGUGGACAGGGAGACUGGAAGACUUCUACAACUGGGUCGACAAUAACUAGGUCAAUUAAAUAUAGGUCAACUGAAAUUGAGUCAACAAGAAGAACAUCAACAUGAAGUGUAGGAUGUGUGGAUUCAGUGUCUUUUUAUUUCCUUUGAGAUCAGAUGUAAAUUCCAUCAUAGGAUGAGAUACGUAUUGUGAACGAGUAUGCUUUAAUUGGGUUGAAACUGGAGAAAAGAAUAUAUUAUUAUUUAACUUUAUUUAUUUAUUUAUUUAUUUAUUUAUUUAUAGUAGGGGGAUUUCUGCUUUAAAAGUGGUCUUAGUCUAAAUAUUGGGAGUAAUUCUGAGGUAUUAUUAUUAUUUUGAUUUUGAUUUACUAUGAUUUGAACAAAAAAGAGUAAUUAGUUUCAUUUUUUUCUCUCUUUUGCUCAAGCCAUAUCACUUGAUCCAAAAUUCUCAUGGAGAGCUUGUAACUACAUAAAAAAACCAAAUAACUUAAGUAAUAUUAUCUUAAUAUUGUCAUUAUUUUGAGAGAUAUGAUUGUCUUCUCUAUACUUACCUAAAACAAAAGACGUUCAAUUCCCGUCAGUGAACAGAUGAGGCAGUGUUAACUACAGGUCUUGUUGCUUAUAAAAAUGCAGUUUCAGCUGGAUAGCAGCCACGUGAAUUGUGAAGCCAGCAGAAGGACGCGAGAAACCCAUCAAGCGAGCAAAUAGCUAAAAUUAAUUAAAAGUAAAAUAGAAGUCUCCAUAUAUUAAUUAGGUAUAAAGUAGGAUAUAUAUAU